AUGGCUGAUAUCGAAUUGCUCAAGGCCAAGUUCCAGUACUACCCUGACUGGCCCAAGAAGGGUGUGCUGUUUUGCGAUGUGCUGCCUGUGCUGCGCGACCCGAUCACGUUUGAGCUGCUGAUCACGCACUUCAUGUCGCAUAUCUUCACGUCGACACUCCCACGCUUGGCACACUCGCAGGCGGAUGCGCGCAUCAACUAUGUCGUGGGCUUGGAUGCGCGUGGUUUCCUUCUUGCGCCGAUCAUUGCGCAGCGUUUGGGCGCUGGCUUUGUGCCUGUGCGCAAGCGCGGCAAGUUGCCUGGCACGUGUGCACAGGCGACGUUCCAGAAGGAAUACGGUGAGGACGUGUUUGAGAUGCAGAAGGAUGCGAUUCCCGCUGGCUCCAACGUGUUGAUUGUGGAUGAUCUGAUCGCUACCGGUGGCUCUGCCUCGGCGGCCGGCGAACUUGUGCGUCAGCUGGGCGCCAAGACAGUGGAGUACCUGUUCAUCGUCUCGAUUCCGUUCCUCAAGGGGGCAGAGAAGUUGGAUGCACCCGAGUACCACCUGGUCGAGAUGGACUAA